GACAAGUUGUUUGAGGUAUAUUGAAUUCGUCCGAACAAGUGGACUUAUGAAACCAAUUCCGCUCUGUUUUCCAUCUCCUUUCUCCCCUGUUUUUCUUGUUAAAAGUUUGAAGAUACCGAUGAGUUCUGAUUUGAGCAAAUGCCAGCUCUCAACUAAUAAGUUUGUUUUCCGCCUCAUUAUUCCAUUCCCAUCGACAAACCCAAAGCCAAUUACUCCCUCUAGCUCCAAAAAUUUUCCUCGGCGGCGCCAUUUCUAUCCAUCCCCUGUCUUUAGAUUCCAAACCCAGAGCCGUAUUAAAAACGAAUGUCCAGAUUCUGUCAUAUGCCUCCUCUUCGUUUCUCUUUUCUCUCGCUCCCAUAUCUGUUUUUUUUUUAACCAACAAUGGACAAGGAGUUCUGCAAGUCGAUCGGGAUUGAUUUAAUCUUGGCCGGAUUUUUCUCGACGGUGGCCGCAGUGUUCAUGAGCCUGGCGGUGACCGGUUACCGGAAGGACAACGACAUGAGCACGGAUUUGCUGUGCCUGGAAGGCGCCGUGGGAGUGGUGGCGAUGAGCAACGUGUUGAUAUUCGUCUCCAACGCGGUGGGGAAAGUGUGCAAGAGGCUGCGGCCGGCGGGGAAGCAGCAGAAGCAGAUCGCCCCUGUUUCAACUCCGGUGAUCGGCCAGAUCGCCCCCGGCGGGAACCCGGCCGACGUCCCUCCCGUUUGAAAGUAAUCAACAGUUGAACAAGAUGCAAGUAUAACACAGUGGUUGUUAGCUGUCGGCUGUCGUGUUUGUUAGUUCGUUAAGCGGUUUAGUUAAAGGUUUCUUUUUCGUGGUUUAAGUGUAGGAAACGUUAGGCUGAUUGGUUUAUUGGAGACGUUAAACUCACUCUUCUCCAAGAAAAUGACAUGUAACUUGUUUGUGUGAGAAUUUUCUCUUCUUUGUAAUUUGGAUAUGUUGGAUGCCUAAACUCUCUACAUUAAGAAUUUCUCUCUGAAAAACUUUGUUGCUCUAACCAUCACUACCCUAUAGAAAAUUUCUGGUACAUAAUUCCUGUGUGAUAUUGCGUUGCCGUUUAUGCAAGUGUCUCGGUGUUUUCUUUUAACUAGAAGAAGACAUGAGAGCAAUAGUUGAUAUUUUGUUAAUCUUGUCUCAUAAAUGCUAUCGAACUAAAGUUGUCACUUAUGCGAUGUCAAUGUGUUUUGUCUUUUUAAUGUUGGACUUGAAUUUCUUCGGUAUGAUAACCAUACUGCUAAUGCAUGGUGUUACUAGUUGUGGACAGUUGAAUCUCCGCUAUCUAUGUUAAUUAUGAAUGUCGAGAUUGUGUUGUGUGGCCAACACCGAGAAUGAAAAAAGUCUUAGAAAUCAACAUAAUCAAUCAGUUAUCAACAUCAAUAAGUAGCUACCUAGAGUUGACACAACUACGAGUGCUAUCUCAACCGUUUAAUGUCAGCGCAUUAGCUCUGCAUGCAUGUUGGUGUUGUCACUGAAUUGGAUGUUCAGCUACAUACAAUUGUAAAAUAUAACGAUCGGGUUUAUUUCCAUUUACGAGCUUCAAAGAUAUUCAUCGAGGGACUGCCACACAUGAACCAUGAAACCCCAAGUGGCACCAAUAUUAAUUUCAUUGCCCCUAUCGAUAACAAGUUCAAUCAGUUACACAACAAAGGUGUCGAUGAUUGUACACAUCAUCAACGCGAAGAGUCACUUAUAUGGCAAUUAGAUCAGGAACUUAAUCGUUGGAUCCAAAUCUCAAUAAUAACAUUCGUGAACAAGGACUUUAUGGAGUGGUAGGUAAUACUACUGGUCUUGAAUCUGGAGAUCUCAUAUUCGAAGCAUCCGAACGAUUCAUAACAAAAGGUCUAUUCAAGAAUACCAAACAUCUCGUAAGUAGCCAGGGGCGGAUACAUGGGUCUCUAGGGGUGUCCCGGGACACCCCUAAAAUUUGGGGAAACGAUUAUCCAACCUCCGGUAGUAGUUUCGUAUGGGUAUACAAAAUAUAAUUGGUAAUCCGGGACACCCUAACAUUUGAAAAAAUGAUUAUCCUAUCCUCGAUAAUAUAGUUUGCUUAUGAUUAAAAAAAUAUAAGUGGUAGUCCGUGUUAUUCCAACCUAGGACACUACUAUUAUCAAACAUAUUCUAAUUAUAUUGCCACUCAUUUGUUAUUCUAUUUUAAACAUCAUGCAACAGUAAAACGCUAUUUCUUUAUCCCCAACUAUUUUCAAUACCUAAUAAUUAAACUACGUACACGCUACCCUUAAUUUUGAAUUGAUUUUAUGGUUACACGACAAUUGUUGAAAGAGUCUUUUCUACUUUGAGCUACAUUAAGAACAAGGUUAGAAAUCAAAUAUGUGAUAAGUUCGUGAAGUAUUGUCUAGAAAGAUAUAUAGAUUUUUUUUUAACAGUGCAGACACAGAGUUUAUUUAUAUUAUUUUCAAAAUAUGAAUUUUAAUUUAUUAUUUAAUAAAAAAUUUUAAAAUUA